UCGAGAUUCUAGCUUCACCACGCCUCUUUGCUCCUACAGAGUCGAGACUAGUCAGUGCAUCCCCUACUGGUACUACUCCGUAGGAAACGCAGAAACAAUGACGCCUCGCUCUUCCGACACGCCGAUGUCGCCCAGAAGUGUCAAAUGUUUUCUCAUGCUCAUCUUCAUGACCUCGAAUUGCUUUUUAUUUUCCUUGACUAGAACACCACCUGGUCUUGAAAUACCACCAACUUCGGCCCUUCGAUCCUAGUUUGCCAUUGCCACUACGAGUACUCUGACCAAGUUUCUUCUCACGGUUUGGCUAAUAUUGCGACUUACCAACUGUUGAACUGUUCACCAACGUCGCGACAUAUCGACUGCAAAACACACAGCAAGUGUACCGCCGUCCUUCACGGCCCUCCUCGAGGCAGGUUACCAGCUUGACCUCAUCAAGUCACACGAGCACCCGGUAAUCCGGAGCCCGCCAAUAUGUCAGCUCCAGGCGUCACCAAUUUUAUCCCAACCUAUGCCUCCUACAACUGGACCGGCGCUCCCGCAGAUUAUACUCAGGUCACAAACGCGCAAACUGGAGGAGACUCAAGGCAUGAGAAUCUGAACAAAUGGUUCCAGUCAGGCGAUACAGCCUACAUCAUCAUCUCCUCAUGUCUCGUUCUCAUAAUGGUACCGGGUCUCGGAUUUCUAUACUCUGGGCUCGCACGAAGAAAAUCCGCCCUGUCGAUGAUGUGGGCUUGUAUGGCCGCCGGGAGCAUAAUCAACUUUCAGUGGUAUUUCUGGGGUUAUUCAUUGACCUUCUCCCCCACCGCCCAGAAUGGUUUCAUAGGUGAUCUUGUCCACUUUGGUUUGAAGAGAGUUCUUGGAAACCCAAGUCCCGGAUCGCCCCUCGUGUCCAGUCUUUUAUAUUCCUUUUAUCAGAUGCAAUUCUGCGCUGUCACCGCUGCCAUCGUUGCAGGUGCUGUUGCUGAACGGGGUCGACUUAUGCCCUUUAUGGUUUGGACAUUCCUUUGGGCCACCUUGGUAUACAACCCUAUCGCUUGUUGGGCCUGGAACGCCAACGGCUGGGCCUUCAAAUAUGGUGUCAUGGACUAUGCCGGUGGUGGCCCCGUCGAAAUCGGCUCUGGCAUGUCUGCUUUGGCGUAUUCCAUGGUCCUUGGAAAACGCCAGGAAAAGAUGAUGCUGAAUUUCCGCCCUCACAACGUUUCUUUUAUCCUGUUGGGGACGGUCUUGCUGUGGUUUGGAUGGCUCGGUUUCAACGGUGGCUCGUCCUUUGGCGCCAACCUGCGCGCCGUCAUGGCUUGCUGGAAUUCGAACUUGACCGCCACCUUUGCGGCCAUCACCUGGACUCUUCUCGACUUCCGGCUGGCCCGAAAGUGGACCAUGGUUGGUUGGUGUUCCGGUACCAUCUCGGGCCUCGUGGCAGCCACACCCGCUUCUGGCUACAUCGACACCUGGGGCUCUGUCGUACUGGGUAUCGUGACCGGUGUUGCUUGUAACUUUGGCACCAAGAUCAAGUACUGGGUCCGAAUCGACGACUCCAUGGAUGUGUUCGCUGAACACGGUCUCGCCGGCAUGAUCGGUCUCAUGUUCAAUGCGCUCUUUGGCGUCGACUACGUCGUCGGUCUGGAUGGGGUCAACACCGGAGCCACCAACCCGACGACUGGAACGGGUAUCGGCGGGUGGCCGAUCGGCAACUAUCGCCAAUUCUACAUCCAACUCGCCUACAUCCUUGCCUGUACAGGAUACGCGUUUGUCAUGAGCGCCAUCCUCGCCUACCUCGUCAACUUCAUCCCCGGUCUUCACCUGAGGGCUUCGGAGGAAGCAGAGUUGCUCGGCAUGGACGACGACCAACUCGGCGAGUUUGCUUACGACUACGUCGAGGUCCGUCGGGAUUACCUCGCCUGGACGCCACAGAGGACGGACUACGGUGCCGACCCGGACAUGCCCCAGGAGGACCGUCACGGCAUAGGCGAGCAUUCCAAGAUGCUCAAGGCGGGAUCACACGACGCAAGUUCCGGGUCCGGAUCCGGAUCACAUUUCCCACCCACCACUACCCACGGCGAGUUACCGGCACAAGGUGAUCGUCAUGCCGUCGCCAUGGAAGAGCGAGAAAAGGCCAAGAAUUUGGCAGAAAAUGAGAAACAAGAACAAGAUGUACCGGUAGAAAGGCCAAGUUGAUUUUAUUGACCUUUUUUAUGGGUGAUUCUUUGCCUUGUAAUCUAUAUACGGGUAUAACUUGUGGUUGUGGUUGUUGUGGUCUGAUGUGAUUACGACUUGAAUUUUGGUUUUUAGAAUAUCACUGAGCGAGCGAGUAUGAAAUACUUUUUUUUUGCCUUUUGGAAAUACACCGAUUCAUGUGUUGUCUAGAGUACCCGGUGGUUUUGGAUUCGGGUCUUGAUUUGAUCGAUAGAGGAAAACGAAAGGUGUCGGGAGGUGGUACAAAAAUAGAAUCCUUGAAUGGGUUUUUGGCUCUUGAAUAGAUUUGUUGGGUCUUUUGAUCUAGAUUUGACAAAGUCAACAAGAAAACCUGGUGAAUGAACCCUUGUCUCCCC